AUGGGGCGUGGCACUGAGGAGGACUACGGAGAGGUGGAGGAGCAAAUUCAGGAUCGCUUCAAGUCAUUGGACUGGACCACAUUCAAGGAUUCAUCAGACUUAAAUGAACAUGCCACAGUUGUCACUGACUUCAUAAGGACAUGCAUGGAUGAAAAAGAAGGUGAGCCUCCAGGAAAUGGCUGGAUUCCGUACUUGGGAUGUGCUUUAGAGUUUAAUGCAAAUCCUCUCAAGUUUCUGAAAACUCGCCAGAAGAAAUAUGGAGAGAUUUUUACAUGUAAGAUAGCUGGGAACUUCAUCACAUUUAUCACUGACCCCUUCUUGUACAACUCUGUAAUUCGGCAUGGAAAAUAUUUUGACUUUCAGAACAUUGCAUUAACAAUUUCAAGAAGGGUAUUUGACCAUGCUGAUUUUAAUGAUGCCAAAUAUGAGAUAGAUUAUGAAGACAUUCAUCAAAUCUUCAACAAGACUCUACAGGGAAGUGCCUUGGGCCCUUUGGCAUCAAGUAUGAUGGAGAACCUUCAGUUUGUAAUAUCACAGAUCGAGUCAUCCUCAGACUCAGAUGGCUGGAUCACUGAAAACCUUAAUGCAUUUUCAUACAGGAUACUGUUUGAAGCUGGGUACUUAACUCUCUUUGGAAAAAAUGAAAAAGCAAUGAAAGCAAAGGAUAUUGAAAAGCUGAAUGCGCAGCAUGCUGCCAUUCAGACUGCCAUGGAGAAUUUUAAAGUGUUUGACAAAUCAUUUCCUGCUUUAGCUGCCGGUAUUCCAAUGUUGUUUUGCAGAGCAGCCAAGGAAUCAAGAUUGGCUCUAGAACAGGCAUUUUUGUCUAAAGUCUUAAACCAGAAUGACAAUAAAUCUCUCCUCAUUGAGGAAAGAAUGAAACUUUUUGACCAUUCACCUGCACUUGACGAUCUCAGCAAGGCGAAGACUCAUGUCGUAAUGCUGUGGGCUUCCCAGGCCAAUACCCUUCCUGCUAGCUUCUGGAGCCUUUAUUAUCUAAUAAGGUCCCCAGAAACAUUGAAAGCAGCGAGAAAUGAAGUUGAAAACCUGCUUCGUAUAACAAAUCAAAACACUGGAGACAUUAAUAAUCCUAUCAUAUUCACUAAAGAACAACUGGAGAGCAUGACAAUUACAGGUAGUCUAAUAAGCGAAGUUCUCCGCUUAUCCAGUGCAUCAAUGAUGUUGCGUGUCGCCACUGAGAACUUUGUGCUACCACUGGAUUCAGGUAUAAAGGUGGCUGUGCGAAAAGGAGAUAAAAUUGGUUUAUUUCCUCAACAAGUACAUUUGGACCCAGAUAUUUAUGAGGACCCUUUGGAAUUUAAAUAUGACAGAUUUUUGGAUGAAAAUGGAAAAGAGAAGACCACAUUCUACAAAAAUGGUAGAAAGCUUAAGAACUACCUUUUGCCAUUUGGCUCUGGUGUCAGUAUGUGUCCUGGUCGUUUUUUUGCUAUCAAUGAGAUCAAACAGUUUUUGUCUUUACUAUUAUGCUACUUUGACAUGGAACUGCUUGAUCCCUCAGCACCGAUUCCACCCCUUGAUAAUUCAAGGGCUGGGUUAGGAAUUCUCCCGCCAGUUCAUGAUGUUCAGUUCCGUUAUCGUCUGAAAUAACAAUGGCAUACUGAUAUCACAGAAAACUAGAAUUUGGCACAAUGCCUAGUAUAGAAUUUUUUGUCUUUAUUUAGGCUAUAUAAAAACUAAUACUCUUCUGCUUUAUAUGCCAACCCCUGUUAUAACAAUUUUAUAGUAAUUAAAGUUUUAAAAAAGUGUUGGGUCUAUCCUACUGUUUCUUAAUUUUUCUACUAACAAUUGUGGAAUUCUUACAAUAUAGCCCUGAGUUCAUGAAGCUACAAUUUGCAGAGCUGCUGUUCAGGGCUGCCCUCAAUCAGUAUUGUUAAUAAAAAGGUUUAAAUGUUGUCCUCUUUAAGGGUGUUGGUAUCAGUGACAAUGUUUCAUAGAUGAAGAAAUAUUAUGUGGAAUUAUAUAUAACCUUCAACGCAGGAAAUAGUAAUUCUGCCUGGCUAGCAUGUGCUGGUGUUCACAAUGCACACAAAUCUUUUCUCCUACCAAUAUUAUCUCAGCGCUUUAGCAUACCUUCCCAUUCUUGUUUUUUUAAAUAUAUUCAUCUAAUUUCCUUUUGAAAGCACUAACUACUCUUUGUAUAAAGAAAAUUCUCUUUUGGUUAUAUAGCAUGAGCUAAUUUUCUAAUACAAAUGUUAAUUUAAACAAAAAUUACUCCUGCUUUUCCUUUAAAAA